AUGGAAGCCAUCAAGAAAAAGAUGCAGAUGCUGAAGCUAGAUAAGGAGAAUGCAAUUGAUAGAGCUGAACAGGCUGAAGCAGACAAGAAAGCAGCUGAGGACAAGUGCAAACAGGUAGAGGAUGAGCUGGUGGCACUGCAGAAGAAGUUAAAAGGAACUGAAGAUGAACUGGAUAAAUACUCAGAAGCUCUCAAAGAUGCUCAGGAAAAACUGGAACAGACUGAUAAGAAGGCAACAGAUGCAGAAGGUGAAGUGGCAGCUUUGAAUCGGCGUAUCCAGCUGGUGGAAGAGGAGCUGGAUCGUGCCCAAGAACGUCUGGCGACUGCCCUGCAGAAACUGGAGGAGGCAGAGAAGGCAGCAGAUGAAAGUGAGAGAGGUAUGAAAGUUAUUGAAAACAGAGCAAUGAAGGAUGAAGAAAAAAUGGAAAUUCAGGAGAUGCAGUUGAAAGAGGCUAAGCAUAUUGCUGAGGAGGCUGACCGUAAAUAUGAAGAGGUUGCGCGUAAACUGGUCAUUUUGGAGGGUGAACUAGAGAGAGCCGAGGAACGUGCUGAGGUGUCAGAACUAAAAUGCAGUGACCUUGAAGAAGAACUAAAAAAUGUCACUAACAACCUAAAGUCCCUGGAGGCUCAGUCUGAGAAGUACUCUGAAAAAGAGGAUAAAUAUGAAGAAGAAAUCAAGCUUCUCUCUGACAAACUCAAGGAGGCUGAAACACGUGCUGAGUUUGCAGAAAGAACGGUUGCUAAACUGGAAAAGACUAUUGAUGAUCUGGAAGACGAGCUGUAUGCUCAGAAGCUGAAGUACAAAGCUAUCAGUGAGGAGCUUGACCAUGCACUCAAUGAUAUGACCUCUUUGUAA